AUGGCCGGCCAAGGUCGCCCGGCGACGCCCCUGGUCGCGGCAGCUGAGGUGGCAGCACGGGAGCAGGACACGGAGGUGCUGGAAAGUGCUUGUAACGGGCUGAGAAUUCCUGAAGUUGCCUGUAACGGGCUGACAGUGCAGGAAGGUGCUUGUAACGAGGUGACAGCGCAGGAAGGUGCUUGUAUCGAGGUGACAGCGCAGGAAGGUGCUUGUAACGGGCUGACAGCGCAGGAAGGCAGUGCUAUUGCAGGCGGGGCAGGAGCAGAGGGCACAUUAUUUAGGGCGUUGCAGGCGGAGGAGGUGCGCAGGCAGGGCCAUCGCAUGGUGGAGUUCAUCGCUGACUACCUGCAGGGCGUGGGGGACAGACCCGUGUGCAGCAGCGUGCAGCCCGGCUAUCUGCGGCCUCUGCUGCCCACCCACGCCCCCGAGCAUGGCGAAUCACCGGAAGCCAUUCUCUCAG